AAGUUUGAAGGUGCCAAGCUGAGUGCUUGGAAUUUUGGGCCAAAUACGGGUGGUGCUGUGAGGUGGCGGGUCCCUGCGGCCGUGUGUGACAUGACACGGCAUCACAGUGGGAUGCCCACAGCACAGCAAAACAUUCUUGUGCCCACUUUGGUCCCUGGCCAUGCUCCCCAGUGAGGCCUGGAUAACGCCAGGGCUGCUCUUUCCAGCAUUCUGCUCUGCAGGAGCUGCUCAGCUGCACAGAGGAGGCAGGGGGAGGCUGCGGAAGAACGUGGCAGACUGACGUGGGGAGGUGCUGAGGAGAGGAGCCAAGGGCUUCUGUAGCAGGAACAGCACCUCUUGCCCAGCUGCUGCCGUGCAGGGGGGCAAAGAUGAUGAAGUAUCUGCUCUUUAAAGGCUUGGGGCCCGAUGACCUCCCAACCCUGAAGCAGCUGACCACCAAUGAAAUCUGCAAAGUCUGGGCUGGCACAUCUAAGUACAUCCAGAAACAGCUCUUCGAGAAGAAGGCAGUGGAGAUCGGAAUUGGGACAUUUGCACUUGUCCUAGUGCGUGUCACAGUGGGAGAGGACAAGGUUUUGCCUGUUGAGAGACCUGUGUUCCAGCUGUGCAGGUUUAUGAAGAAAUUUUACAAGCUGAAGUGUGCAAAGACCAAAAUUCCCGAAGAGACACCAUUUGUCCAGCUGGACUUUGAGCAGAUAGGUGCAGAUAUCCACUUCCGCCGAGAAAUCGUGGAGCGAUGCAUACACGAGACCCUGCUUUUCUUCGCUGAGGCCCUCCGAGACAAGAAGGAGGUGGAGUUCUCCUUCAGGAGCGUUGGCAUCCUUGCUGUGCGAAGAAGUGUAGUCAGCAUGACCUUCUUUGAUGACUGCUUGCUGGAGCUGGAUGUGACGGGGAACAUGAAGGCAGCUCUUCUCAGGAACCCGAAGAUGAUGAGGAUCGUGGCCUUCGCCGGCAGAAACGAUUAUAGUCGGCUCAGUCAAGACGGGGUCAUCAUGCUGCCAAGGCUUGCCGUUGUGAUCCCCCACCAAGCAUUGGACCAUGUCAUGUCUCUGAAGCCCAGGAGAGAGUCAGCACCUUGGGGCGAGGGUGCCCGCAGAGGUAAUGUCCCAGCUGAGUGCUGGCAGGGGUCUGUGGGCACUCAUCUCAUCCUCAUGAGGGCAGGAGAGUCAAGGUCACUGCGUGAGGUGUGGGAGAGAAGAAGACAGCUCUGCAAGCCUGCACAACCAUCCUGGUCCAUGCAGGUGACAGAUUCUGGAAGCUCUGACCUGGAGACCCGUGCUGCGAAAGGGGCCUUCCAGCAGCUCUGCCUGGAGCUGUCACACUUCUCUAUUCCUCCCAGUGGCGAGUGCCUGCUGCCCGUAGAGGUGCGAGAGGGAGCAGGAACAAAAUCAUGCUCUGGGGUGGCAGGUGGCUCAGUAGGAUUUCAGAGCUGGAGCAGAUUCAGUGUGGGCAAGGGGGAAAGGACCUUGGAACCAUGGCUCCCAGGGGUGGCAAGCACUGUCGUGAGUGUGCUGGAUCCAGUGUUCCUGGCUCAGCGGAGAGUUUCUCUGGCCAAGCUGAAGGACAGGAAAGUUGAACAGAUUAAAGCCAUAGAAGCUAGCCGAGCCAGAUUCCUGCCAGUAAUCGAGGAGAAGUCUCGGGAUGAAUUGAAGCAGCCCAGACCUCCAGCUUGGCCAUCAAUGCAGCUCCCUGAGUAUGCGCUGCAGCCCUCAGGAACGGAAAUGAGCUCCCUCCACACUGAGAGGGCUGAUAAGCAGCUCCGGCUGCUGAUGGCAUUCAAGCGCCAAGAAGUGGAAGCAGAAGUGUGGCGCAAAUACCAUGCCAGCAGAACAGGGCAGAGCAUGGAGCCAGGCAAGAGCCCCUGCCACUAUGUGUUUGAGGAUCCCUAUUGCCCUCCCCACCUCCUGAGAAAGGCGUAUGCCAAGGAGCUGAAGGAGAGGCUACAGGAGAAGGAGAUGCUGCAGGAGGAGAGGUGCCAAAGCACUGCAAGGCAGACAGCAUCCAAGGGGCAGGUGGAGCUGCGCCUCUUGGGGAGAGCAUGGGGAGAGUAAGUGUGUGCUCCUCUGCAGAGGCCGGGGAAUGCCUUUUGUGGCUCCCACCACUGGAGAUGCCUGGGCUGAAGAUGAAAGGCUGGCGUAGCUGGCAGCGCUCUGCUGUCCCAAAGCGGGCAGUCUUUGCUUGCCAUCCCCAUGCAGGGGUUCCCGGGCACCCAGCCCCCAUCUGCGAUGCCCAUGCUGUCCUGGGUAUGGUCCCUGCCCAGCUUCAGCCCCAGCUGAUCUGCAUCUUCUCACUGGAAAUGGGUUGGGGCACAAGGGCCUGCAGGACGCCACACUGAUCAACGGACUGGCCUCAGCAGCUCCUCCAAGAACUACCGGCUGAGCCAGGCUCUGGGGUGUUGUGGGCUUUUCUCCGCAGCCACGGAGCUGAGCCCCAUUCUCCUGUGUCCUUUAGCAAUGGGGAGAAGAGGAGGCUGUUGGAGCGCCAGUGGAAAGCCCAGGGACUGCCAGCCAUACCAAGAAGCUGCGAGCUUCCAUGCUGUACCCCAGAGGGACCAGCAGCAGGGACCUUAGUCAUCACGACAGCCACCAUUGUCAGCAGGAAACGCUCUCGCAAAGGGGAAUGUGCCAAAUAGAGCCUGCUGGUGCUGGUGCCUGUGCCCGGCCAGAGUGACCGUGCUGCUCCCUGCAUUGCCUGAUUGAAUCUGUUUGAAAAGUACUGAAAUACUUAACUUUGGGGUGACAUAAGACUACAUCUGUCAGGCAUCUCAAGGCCUUG